AUGGCGCACGGACGAUGGUUCGCUGAUCCGCUUAUCGGAUCCCUAAUUCCUCUUCAGUUGCGCUUUGUGUCUUUGUUGAUUGUGGGUAAUCAAUCACUUACAACCCGGGAUGUUUCCACGUCUUCCAUGGCACUCGUCGUGAUGUGUGGGCAGCCAUGCAGCGGCAAAUCAGCAGCCGCUGCUUGCCUUGCUGCGGCACUGCGCUCCUCCUCACCUGACCUUACUGUCCGUAUCAUUGAUGAGUCAUCCCUCCAUCUUGGGCGCAACGAUAGUUACAAAGAUAUGGUGGUGGAGAAAAACUUGAGAGGAGUUCUUAGAUCAGAAGUUGACAGGUCUGUGUCACGCGACAGCAUAAUUAUCGUCGACUCUUUGAAUAAUAUUAAGGGGUACCGGUAUGAGUUGUGGUGUCUUGCGCGUGCAUCUGGAGUAAGAUAUUGUGUGCUUUUUUGUGAUACAGAAGUGGACCAUUGUAGGGAAUGGAACAGCAACCGCCAGGAGAAAGGAGAACCAGCAUAUGAUAGUAAUAUAUUUGAAGAUCUUGUAAGGAGAUUUGAGAAGCCAGAUAGGCGUAAUCGUUGGGAUUCCCCUCUUUUUGAAUUGUUUCCAUCUAGAGAUGAAAUAGUGGAAACGGCUCCUCUUAUUGCUGAGGCUGUGUCAUAUUUGACAAAGAAAGUGGAUUCCAAAACAAGAGACGUAAAAGUACUCCAGCCUACAAUAGCCACUCAGACGGUGCGAACAACAGAGGCUAAUUCCCUCUAUGAGAUGGACAAAGCGACACAGGAGGUGGUCAAUGCAAUUGUUGAAGCACAAUCAUGCGGUCUUGGGCUUGCUGUGAAUAAGAUCUCUAUUGGACCUAACUUGCCAACUAUAUCCUUUAUCCGUGGAAAAAGUAUUGUUAUAUUGGGAUUCUUAACUGAUUGCCACAUCAACCUUCAGAGAUCUGUUGGCCUGCCUGAGCUCCGAAGCCUGCGACGGACUUUCAUCAAGCUGGCAGGGCAGUACAGUCUGAGUGGGCCACCACCACCGACAGAUGCUGAUAGCGCAAAGAGGAUGUUUGUCGACUACUUAAACCGUGAAGUUGGUGCAUGA